GCUUGUUUUGUUUCUUUUCUUCCUAAGUUUAUCUCUUAAGCAACCAAUAUGUUCAUGCAUUGCCCUAUAUAUACACACUAACUAGCAGAAGCUUUAAGUAUUUCAAAACCUGAUUCAAUCCAAUAAACCAAUGAAAAUGCAAGCAGUUCUAGUUAUCCUGGUUUUCUCCGGUUUAAUCACGGUUAAAACAACGUUAGCAGCACAGCAUGUGAUUGGCGGGAGCCAAGGCUGGGAACAAUCCGUUGACUUUGAUUCUUGGUCUUCCGAUCAAUCUUUCAAAGUCGGCGACCAACUGGUGUUCAAGUACUCGGGACUACAUAGCGUUGUUGAGCUGGGAAGCGAAACGGCAUACAAGAGUUGUGACCUGGGAACACCAGUAAACUCCUUGAGCUCUGGAAACGACGUCGUUAAGCUGUCUAAAACCGGUACUCGUUAUUUCGCUUGUGGGACCCCAGGGCAUUGCGAACAAGGCAUGAAGGUCAAAGUUAACGUUGUCUCUUCUGACUCCACCACCGGUUCCUCCCCGGGUUCAAGUUCGGGUUCAAGCUCGGGUUCGAGGUCCAGUUCGGAUUCUGGUUCAGGUCAUGGGUUACGUGCUUCCAUUGGGUAUAUUUUGGCUGUUGGAUCGUUGGUUGUUGGUCUUAUUUGGACCCUCUGAGAAUUUAGACUUUUGUAAUGCAUCGAGGAAAUAUAUAUAUUUGGAGAGGAAAAAAUAAAUAAUUUUUGGAUUUGUUAAUUCGAAUUUGUUGUAUUUUGUUUUGUUUUUUAGCUUAAAUUUGUUGUAUUUUGUAUCACUAUGUAUUUCGUAUACUGGAUUUCUGAUCAUAAUUCUAUACU